UAAAAUUGCUUCCGGCGACGUCGAAAGGCAAGGAACAUCGAACUUUUUCAUUCUUUGCAUUUCACACGGUCAGGAAAAGAAAAAGUGAUAUGGCGGAUGUUAAUAGAUUGGUGUUCUCUAUAAUACGUUUUCUAGAGGAUCAGAAAACAGCUGCAAAUCUUAGUGAUGAAGGAGUAGAAGGAUUAGAAGUUGCUAUUCAGUGUUUAGAGUCUACAUAUUCUGUCAGCACACAAGAUCCACAACAGGUGAAGAAGCUGUCUGUACCUAAAAAUCUACUCGACAUCUUUAAUUCACAAUUAUCUAGUGAGCCAGAAGCAGAGUUUGAUUCUUUGUCAAUACAUGAACCAACACCAGAAGAGAAAGAAGAGGCAGAGUGUUUGAAAAAUAAAGGAAAUGAGUUCAUGAAGGCAGAGAAAUUUUCAGAUGCUUUGGAAUGUUAUACUCAAGCUUUGAAAUUAGAUAGUCAUAAUUCAGUAUUUUUCUGUAAUAGAGCAGCAGCAUAUAGUAAAUUGAACAAACAUGUAAAAGCUAUAGAAGAUUGUGAAAAGGCAUUAACAAUAGAUCCACAGUAUAGCAAGGCAUACGGUAGGAUGGGUAUAGCAUACACAGCAUUAAAUGACCAUGAAAGUGCACUAGAAUGUUACAGAAAAGCUUUAGAAUUAGAUCCUACUAACCAGUCAUAUCAAAAUAAUUUAGAAAUAGCAGAACAAAAAUUAAAAGAAGAAGCUGCUAAGGCAGGCUUUGGUUUAGGAUCCGGAGGUGGUAUGCCUAUGGAUUUUAGUCAGAUAUUAAAUAACCCACAUGUUAUGGAUAUGGCAACACAAAUGAUGGGUAAUCCACAAAUGCAGCAAAUGAUGUCAAACAUGAUGUCAGGGUUUGGUGGAGCACCUGGGGCAGGAGGAGGUAAUCCAGAGGAAGCAGUAGAAGGGGGUGCACCAGGAGUACCGGGAGGAAUCGGUAAUAUAUUACAAAUUGGCCAGCAAAUGGCUUCACAGAUGCAAGAAAGUAAUCCUGAGCUUGUAGCACAAUUACGACAACAGAUGGGUAGACCACCAAAUAAUCCAGAUGGAAGUAACGAUGCUGACAGCAACCCUGGUUCCCAACAACAAUGAUGUGAUUAACUGUUAAUUGAUGUUUAUUUUGUCGUGAUGGAAUCUGUAGACUGAUAAAAGACGUGAAGGAAGGAAGAAAUUUGUAUAAAAUCGAUCAUUCAACUCUGGGAACCAGAAAUUUUGUCUUUGUAUCUGCCUACACGAAUAUAUAAUGACAUUAAUUUUUUUAACCACUAUGUAUGUUAAUUUUUUUUUUUGGCAUUCAGAUAAAUUAUGAAAAAAUUAUGUAUGGAAAGCUAAGAUAUAAAAAUCAGCUCUUGAACAAAUUUCAUAAAACAUUAUGGUUAUACUUUAGAUUGUUUUUUAAAAAUAGUGUUCGUAUCAGCUGAGAAUCAUAAUGUUAAAAAAAGAGAAAUAACAACUUCUCUCUUAUUUAAGAAAAUGGUUACCAGUUUAAUAUCAAGUGUAUAUUCUUGCGUCAUUUGAAUAUUACAAAUAAAUUACAAUUGUAUGUGAGAAGCUCAAUGAAUUUAGAUUUGCCUGUUUGAUAAUUAAGUGAUCCAAAUUGAAUGAUAUUUAAACAACCAUCUGCAGAUUACUCCAAAUUAGCAGCCUCAUAUGGUUUGAAAAGGAAGGCAACAGAACCAGUUUUCACAAGUAGCUGUCAUAAUAACCUUAGCAUUUCAUGAAUACAAAGUUCACUUUAAAAAGCAGAGAAUUUAUUGAGUCUUUAACACACACUGAUGUAAUUUAGCUGUAAAAUUGUAUAAUGAUCAGGACUGAUACGUGAAUUGGUAAUUAGUACAUACAGUUUCAUAGAUGAAUAUUUGUAUUCAGUGUUAAAUAUAUUUAUUAAUGAGUUGUUUAUUUUAUUUGUAUAUUAAAUUCAUAUUUAUCAUUUAUAGUUCUACUCAUUACUUUAGGAUGAAGUUCUGCAUACAGAUAUGCAAAUGUAUAUUCGGAUACUUCUUGAGCUUUGAUUGACUUUCAUUACAAAAGAAUAAUGUCUUUUAGAUUAAAAAUAGGCUGGGAACUUUUAAAGCAACAAGAUUGUUCACGUCUAUGAUGUUAUAUUUCAUUAAUAUAAUGUUGGAACUAAGUUUCUUUUAAAUUCUAUCUUUCACCAUUUAAUUAAAAGAUGACAAAGUGGUUGAUUUCAUGAUUUUAUUUCAAUGUUUUUAUGAUGAAACUUCUGUUUACCUUCAUAAAUAUUUAUUACAACAGUAUGUUAAGAUUUAAACUUAAAUUAUAUUGUUAUUACAUAGCCUGCAGUUACAUGGAGAAUGAGACCAAUUUGUCUUGCCAAUAUAGUAUACAUUUAUGCCAUUUAUGUCAAGUACUAUAUGGAAAUGUUAAUUAAAAAAGUAAUUAUCAUAAAAUCAAUGCUUUCUUGUUGAAUCAGAUAGAAAUAAAAGAUUUCAUUGUCAAA